AUGUCAAAAAACACAACAGAGAACUCGACUGACCCCGGCUCAGCUCUUCUAGGUGUGUUCCUGGGAAGCAUUUCACUGAUCACUGUUGUCAUGAAUAUGUUGGUACUAUGUGCUGUGAAAACUGAAAAGAAGCUGCAGACAGUUGGCAAUUUAUACGUUAUCAGCCUCUCUAUUGCAGAUCUUAUAGUCGGUGCAGCCGUUAUGCCGCUGAAUAUUGUGUAUCUCCUAGGUUCUGUGUGGACUCUAGGCUUACCAGCCUGUUUGUUCUGGCUGUCAAUGGAUUAUGUGGCCAGUACUGCAUCCAUUUUCAGUCUCUUCAUAUUGUGCAUUGACCGUUAUCGUUCAGUUCAGCAACCACUGAAAUAUCUCAAGUACAGAACAAAAAUGAGAGCAUCGCUAAUUAUUUUGGGCGUUUGGUUGCUCUCUUUCACGUGGGUCAUUCCAAUCCUAGGAUGGCAUGUUUUUGCUAAUAAUGGAGAAAGGAAAGUAAAGGAAAACACGUGUGAAACUGAAUUCUCUGAAGUUACCUGGUUUAAAGUGUUGACAGCCGUUGUCAAUUUCUACCUACCCUCUAUCAUGAUGCUGUGGUUCUACUACAAAAUAUUCAGAGCUGUUCAAAAGCACUGUCUGCACCGAGAGCUUAUCAAUGGAUUGCACCCACCUUUCUCAGAAAAAAAAUCCAUACAUCAUAGUAAGACAAAGGAUGAGCAAAAUACUUGCCUCCAAAAGCAAAUCUUAGAUGAGAACACAACUCCCAAAGACAAGCAAAGCACACCUGAGACUGAAAACGUGGAGGGAGAGCUUCAUUUCAGUAAUUCUGACAAGUCUUCAAAGGCAUUCAGGAGCACGAGUAAUAGGAAAGUCCUUAAUCUGAGCUGUUUUCCUCUCACCAUUGCCCAGUCUGAGCCAAGCCUGAAUGAAGUAGGAAAGAAGUGCGUGUGUGUAACAAAAGAGAACAAAAAUGAAGAGGAGCCUUGCUCACAGGAGAGUGACUUAAGUGAUGCAUCAGACAACCACACUUUCACAGAGGCAGCACCCUGCAAAGAACACUCCAAUCCUAGCCCUGAAGGAGCCAGCAGUCCUCAGGAAAAAACUGAGAACAAGAAUUUCAGAAGAGUGUCUUACCUGAGGAAAACCUGGCAAAGUCUGCAUACCCAUUCCAAAAGGCACAUUCAAGGACUGCACAGGAACAGGGAGAGGAAAGCAGCUAAGCAGUUAGGGGUCAUAAUGGUAGCCUUUAUGCUGUGCUGGAUUCCCUAUUUUGUAUUAUUUAUGGUAAUAGCUUUCCAUGGCCAUGAACAAUUUUCAAAGUUGCACACAUUCACUGUAUGGCUUGGCUAUGUGAACUCCACAUUAAAUCCUUUCCUGUAUCCUCUUUGUAACCAGAACUUCAAGAAGACAUUCAAAAAGAUCCUUCACAUUCACUGA